UUCAUAUUUUACAUCUGUCAACACCGUGUCGCGGAAGAAUAUUAUCCACUUCCGAUAUUUCGUUAUUGUGUAAUACCAUUAUCUUUACAGCAUCGUUGUACACAAAGUUGAGGUGGAAAUAAAUCCGCGAUGAUUAUUGCCUACUUUUUCUUGCCAAACACUACUCGGUGAACUUGAGUGUCCGUGCUUUUUCAUCUAUAAUAAUGAGCAAUAAAAAGGUUGAAGCAAAGUAACAAAGUUGAAACCCGCGUGUAUCGCUCACUCGGGUAGAAUGCGCGAUUCGUUGUGACCUCGCGUAGGUGGAUGUCUUGAGCCCGCGUGCCUCGUCCCCACUAAUUCUAAAACCGCGACACGACCAAGACGAAUUAUUUUUCCGCGAUACUCCGCUCCCCUUCCUCCACGUGGCAAUCGGUUAUAUCGGCUCGGCUUUGACUCGGAUUACGAUUAUACCCAACUCUCGUAAGUCUCUAUGUUACACACGUUGUACCGCAAGAGCCGCGUUGUUGAACCUUGACUGCUUUUUCCCAAAUUUUUUCACGAUGCAAACGUGCUGCCAGGGUCGCGGUAUAAAAAUUUAACGCGCAACAGAUCGGUGGUGGGGCUUCGCCGGCAACCCCUGAUUCGUGAUUUCUGUCGAGCCUUUCGAAACUCGAUAUAUAUUCAAGCCCUCGAACGACUUCGAUCCCAGUUACGCCUCUGGAGACAUUCGGUAAUGAGUUUUAAACGUGGUUGUUUCCUUGGUUAUUUUCCACCUCUAACGAACUUGGCACUUGUCUAAUCAAGCUUUUCAAACGCUGUCGGAAGUUAUUUUUACAAAGCUAUCAGCACGUCGCCCGCAGCGAGAAUCGAACGAACCGGCGAUCGGCGAGCCAAAAGACGGAAAUCCAUAAAUACUUACCAAAUAUCACGGGGGGCAGCCUCAGCCUGAAGUUGAGAAAAUGAUCCGCAGACACUUCACGCCCAAUGGCGAGAUGUACAAAGUGAGUCGCAGGAAGACUUGUGCCAACGUCUCGGCCCAAGCGCAUCACGUGUCUCGAGCGAAACGUGGCCAGGCACUUGGAGCAGUCCGAGGUUUCCGAGGAUGCACGGUGUGGUUGACCGGUCUUUCCGGGGCGGGAAAAACCUCGAUAGCAUUCCAAGUGGAGGCCUUCCUGGUCUCUUACGGAAUCCCCGCGUACGGUUUGGACGGCGACAACGUUCGUACGGGGCUGAACAAGAACCUCGGGUUCAGCAAGGAGGACCGGGAAGAGAACAUCCGGAGAGUCGCCGAGGUGGCGAAGCUCUUCGCCGAUAGCGGGGUGAUAAGCCUCUGCAGUUUCGUAUCGCCCUUUGAAGAGGAUCGGCAGAUGGCCAGGCAGAUACACAAGGACUCCGAUUUGCCGUUCUUCGAAAUCUUCGUCGACACGCCUUUCAAGGUUUGCGAAGCCCGCGACGUCAAGGGCUUGUACAAGAAGGCGCGACAGGGCGCGAUCAAGGGAUUUACCGGCAUAGAUCAGAGCUACGAGCGCCCUUCCAACCCCGACCUCGUCGUUACUACGGAGAAUCUCACCGUCGAGGAAUCCACGGCCAUGGUGGUUGAGUUCCUGGAAAAACAGGGCAUCAUUCCGACGCUACCAAAAGCCGGGGUUGGCGUACGUGAAUUAUUCGUACCGGAAGCCAGGAUCGCCAACGCCAAAGCGGAAGCGGAAACACUACAGAGUAUUAAUAUCACCGAACUCGAUCUCCAGUGGCUUCAAGUGCUGGCCGAAGGAUGGGCCGCUCCGCUCACCGGUUUCAUGAGGGAAAAUCAGUAUCUGCAGGCUCAACAUUUCAAUUGCCUCGUCGAAGAGGGAUCGGAGAUAAAUCAGUCGGUGCCGAUCGUUUUGCCGGUCAGUACAGCCGACAAAGAUCGGCUCGAAGGUACGUCGGCAUUGUCAUUGAGGUACGAAGGAAGGACGGUGGCGAUUCUCCGUAAACCAGAGUUCUACUAUCACCGAAAAGAGGAGAGAUGCAGCAGGCAGUUCGGUACGAAUAAUCGGGAUCAUCCGUACAUUAAAAUGAUCCAUGAAUCGGGCGACUGGCUGGUCGGAGGAGACAUCGAGGCUUUGGAACGAAUUAAGUGGAACGACGGCCUCGACGAAUACAGACUGACGCCGAAUGAGAUACGGAUCAAGUGUCGGGAAAUGGGAGCCGAUGCUGUUUUCGCUUUUCAAUUGCGAAACCCCAUUCAUAACGGGCACGCGCUUCUCAUGCAGGAUACCAAAAGACGCCUCCUGGAGGAGAGAGGGUUCAAGAAACCGGUUCUAUUACUCCAUCCUCUGGGAGGCUGGACGAAGGAUGACGACGUUCCUUUACCCGUCAGGAUGCGUCAACACAAAGCUGUUCUCGACGAGGGUGUCCUCGAUCCCAAAGCUACGCUUCUGGCCAUUUUCCCUAGUCCAAUGAUGUACGCUGGACCAACCGAGGUGCAGUGGCAUGCUAAGUCGCGGAUGACAACGGGGGCAAACUUUUACAUAGUGGGCAGAGACCCGGCCGGAAUGCCGCAUCCUGACAAAUCUGCGACACCGGACGGAAAUCUCUACGAUGCCACGCACGGCGCUCGUGUACUCUCCAUGGCACCGGGAUUGCAGAGUUUGGAAAUCAUUCCAUUCAGAGUUGCCGCCUAUGACACUGUGAACAAGAAAAUGGCGUUCUUUGACCCAGCACGGAAACAGGACUUCGACUUCAUAUCGGGAACCAGAAUGCGGGGUUUAGCGAAAUCUGGCGAGAAUCCUCCAGAUGGAUUCAUGGCACCGUCAGCAUGGAAGAUCCUUGCGGACUACUAUAAAAGUCUGAACAAGAAAUGAUCAUAAUUUUGCUGACGCACAGGUAGCCUGUAGAAAAUUUCUUGUAAUACCAAUGCAGGGAAAACGAUAUGCGAAGAAAAAUAUCCUGCACGUGCUACAAUAUUAGUCGAUAUAUGAACCGCAUUUUAAAAAGUUUAAUAGCGCAAUUAAUAGAUCAAUUUCAAGUUAUAAAGAUUAUUUUAGAAACACACUCGCAUAUACACAUGUAUAUGUAAAUAUACAAUGACACCUUAUACCGUAUAGCGUAUACAACGCAGAACCAUUCCCUUGUUUGCAUCAUGUUUUUUUUCUACUUUUACAAUAACAUGCCACUACAUGUGUGUGUACACAGAUGUACUUUUAUCGACAGUUUUGAAAAAUAUCUGUUCAAUCGUGUUUUAUUUCUGAAAGCAUAUUACACAGAUUAUCAAUUGAUAUAGUUAUAUUUUAUACAUAAAUAUAUAUAUAUGUAUAUAUAUAUAUUUUAUGAAUUUAUACACUAUAGCUUAUAAUGUAUAUUAGUCAGGUAUUUUAUAUUUACAGUUAUUAGGUACCCUGGUUACUUAAUUCUACGUUGUGCGCUGAAACUCCAUAGAAUGUGACCCUGGUAAAGUAUUAUUCAGAGUGGAGGGGGACGCUAAUUAUCAUUGUUGUUAUUGUAAUAUUUGAAGAAUAGAUAUUAUACGUUAUUUA